AUGCCACUCGGCGCAUCAAUCACCAAUGGGUGGAAAUCAACAGAUGGAAAUGGUUAUCGAGAGUGGAUCCGACAACAGCUUCGAUAUUCUGGCUGGGAAGUCGAGAUGGUCGGAAGUCUGGAGAAUGGGACAAUGAAUGACAAUUAUAACGAAGGCCAUGUUGGCUUUAGAGUAGAUCAACUACCAAAACAAGCCAUGAAGACAAUUUCCCAUAAACCUAAUCUGAUACUCAUAAAUUGCGGUGCGAACGAUGCUCUACAAAAUCAUAAGGUCAGCACUACCGGGCAGCGAAUGGAUUCUCUCCUAACACUACUAUUCGACUCGAUCCCUGGAACGACCAUCAUCUUGUCAACUUUAUUGCCAAACAAGCAGCAACAAUCUCGAACAACAAGCAUAAGCAAGCAAUAUCGAGAUGUUGUCGCCUAUCGGCGCGCAAGAAAAGACCGUAUCGUCCUGGCCGACAUGAGCAAGUUUAUCACGCACAAAGACUUGAACGAUAGCACCCAUCCGACGGAUGAGGGAUAUAAAAAGAUGGCCUCUGUAUGGUGGGCGGCUAUUAAAGAGGCCAACAGAGAAAACAUGAUCCAGGACUUCAACUAUACCAUCACGGAAUUUCGUGAAAAGAAACUUGAUGACAGUACCAAGGACCCGGAUCUGCCUUCAUAUACAGCCCCAGCUCAGCCUGUCCUUAGAAUAGCCAGCCUCUCAUCUCAAUCAGCACCAGUGGAGCUCUGGGUUAUGGCUAUUCCGGUACUGAUCGUUUCAAUUACCGUCAUGACGAUUUUACGAUAA